UAUAAAAUUUUAUUUUCUUCUCCCCCUCCCCCCUUUCCCCCCUCUUCCUUUUUUCCCAACAUUUUUUUUUAUUUUAGCAACAACUUUAUUCACAAAAAAUUCUUCUUCUCUUCUCACUCCAUUAAAUAUUUUUAUAAAUUCUUUAAAAAAUCAAACAACCCAAAUGCCUUAUCAAAGUAAUUUUGAUUAUUUGGAUGCUCUUUGUUUGAAUGAUCAAUUAACUGAAGAAGAACGAACACUUAGAGAUCAAGCUAGAAUUUAUUGUACUGAAAGAUUAAUGCCUAGAGUUACACAAGCUUUUAGAGAAGAAAAAUUUGAUCCAACAUUGAUUCCAGAACUUGGUAAAAUGGGUUUUCUUGGCGCGCCUUAUAAAGGUUAUGGAUGUGCAGGUGUUUCUACUGUUGGUUAUGGAUUACUUACUAGAGAAUUGGAACGUGUUGAUAGUGGAUAUCGUUCAAUUAUGAGUGUACAAACAUCUUUGGUUAUUGGACCUUUAUUUCAAUAUGGUAGUGAAGAACAAAAGCAAAAAUACAUUCCUUCAUUGGCUAGUGGUGAGAAAAUUGGAGCAUUUGGCAUUACAGAGCCUAAUCAUGGGUCUAACCCUGCAGGAAUGGAAACUAAGGCUGUUUGGAAUGAAAAAGAAAAAGUUUACAAAUUAAGCGGUGCAAAAUCUUGGAUUUCAAAUUCGCCAGUUGCCGAUGUUUUUAUCAUUUGGGCUCGGAGUGAUAAACACGAAAAUGCCGUUAAAGGUUUUAUUUUGGAAGAAGGAAUGCCUGGCUUGGAAACACCCAAAAUUGAAGGAAAAAUAUCUUUACGAACUUCAAUUACCGGACAGAUUUUAAUGGAUGAAGUUGCUGUACCUGAAGAGAAUUUAUUGCCUGGAGCAACUGGACUUAGCGGGCCUUUUGGUUGUUUAAAUAAUGCAAGACUUGGAAUUAGUUGGGGAGCGCUUGGAGCGGCUGAAGCUUGUUUUCAGGCUGCCAGGGAUUAUGCUAUGGAUAGAACCCAAUUCAACAAACCAAUUGCUGGAACUCAACUUGUCCAGCUUAAACUUGCUGAUAUGUUAAGUGAAAUAAGUAUAGGGCUACAAGCUUGUUUGCGUGUAUCUCGUCUUAAGGAUGAAGGAAAAGUAGCUCCAGAACAAAUUUCUUUAAUUAAACGAAAUUCUUGCGGUAAAGCUUUGGAUAUUGCACGAAAGGCGAGGGACAUUCUUGGCGGUAAUGGAAUUGUAGAUGAAUAUCAUAUAAUGCGCCAUAUGGUUAAUUUGGAAUCAGUAAAUACUUAUGAAGGUACUCAUGAUAUCCAUGCAUUGAUUUUGGGGAAGGCGAUAACUGGGAUUCAAGCAUUUCAAUAA